AUGAAGCAUGUGGAAAUAAGCUUUUAACAAAAUACUGAGUCAAAUGUAUGUGGAUUAGGGAUACAUUCAACAAGCAGGUUGCAUGAGUUUCUAUGUAAAUCUAUCUGACCAUGACCAUAAAAAAUAAAACCCCAAAAUUGCAUUUUAAUCAAACGAAUGGACAUUGAGUACUUAAAGGGAUCACACAGGAAUGCUCAUUAAAUCCCAUAAGCCUUCCAAAUUUCAAGGUAGGGUUAAGAGGCCUUUUUAUAAUACGCUUACGCAUUUGACAUGCUUUAUUAGCGCAGUGAUUCAGAAUGCACGGGCCUGCAUGUCUAUGUCUACGAUACGAUUGCUGAAGUGAGAAACCAUCUUUGAUAUUUGGAUGUCCAUUUAGAAACUGUGAUACAUUAAGUUGACGAAAAAUGUUAGCCCUAUCGGACCGUGAAGUUAAAGAGUUUUUAGAGGAUGUCCUGUGCAUUGAAGACGCAGAACAAAAGUUCAAACUAAACAAAAAAAAUCUACUCAGGGAAAUACUUUACCGUUUUCUGCACGUUGAGCCAUUUCAAAACAUAGGCACCUUAAGUACUAAGCCAGAGGAGCGUCACCUACCAACAUUUGAUGAAAUUAAAAAGGAUUUAUUCAGAAAGAGAGGUGGCCGUUGUUAUUCAGCCAAUCAAUUCAUGAAAAUAUUACUAGAAAAAAUUGGUUAUGAUGUCUACCAUACCGGGUGUUUAAUAUUAAAAACUAAAAACAACCAUCUGUGUACCCUUGUGCGUGAUCUCACCAAACCGGGUGAUCUACACCUAGCAGAUGUCGGUAUAGCACACCCAACAUGGGACCCAAUACCGUUGAAUUUCGAAAUUGAAUCCCCCGUUUAUCACGUAGGAUUUCUCUACUUCAAGUUUGUACGUAAUGGUGAUAAAAUAACACGACUGCAUAAACAUGAUAAGAGGUAUGAGUUUCCAGUCAACAUUAAUAGCAAAGAAUGGCACGAAUUUAUGGAUAUGCCAAUCACCCCCUGUGAGGUAGAUUACAUGCAACCAGUAAUGACGGAGAUGUACACCGUACCAGGAGCCCACAACUGCCCGUUUCUGAUAUCACUAACAUGCGUCAUAUUUAAGAACGAGAAACUAGUGGCGUUUAAAGAUUCAACUUUCUUGUACGAGAAUGAUGAUCAUCAGUUGGAUGUUGAGCGGAUAACCACGCGUGAAAAGUUUGUUUCCACAAUGUUAACUUAUUUUCCUCAGUUCUCACUCGAGAUAGAGGCUGCCUUGGAUGCGUGUAGCUCUAUUAAAUUUGACUAAAAUGAUUAUUUAAUCAACAGACACUAAUUAAAAAAAA